GCACAGUAGGAGGACCCCAGAAGAUGGUGCCUUUCCUGAUCAUCUGUCUGCUGCCCGCCAUCGAAGGGAAGAACUGCCUCCGCUGCUGGCCGGAACUGUCUGCCUGGAUAGAUUACGACCUUCAGAUUCUCUGGGGGACGCCGGGGCCACCCACAGAACUUUCUCAAAAUCGUGACCAUUUGGAAGAAGAAACAGCCAAAUUCUUCACUCAAGUACACCAAGCCAUCAAAACAUUACGAGAUGAUAAAACAGUACUUCUGGAAGAGAUCGACAUGCACAAGAAUCUCUUCACUGCGAGGCUGAAUAAGAUAUCUGAUGGGCUGAAGGAGAAGGACAUACAGUCUACCCUGAAGGUCACCAGCUGUGCCGAUUGCAGGACUUACUUCCUCUCCUGCAAUGACCCCACUUUCUGCCCAGGCAGGAACCGGCGGAUCUCCCUGUGGGCUGUGAGUCUCAGCAGUGCUCUGCUCCUGGCCAUAACUGGAGCUGUUUCCUUUACUGGCACAGCAAGAAGGAGGCAGUAAAGGAACAGGGCAGCCCGCAUGUCUUCCAGAAGUGAACAGAGGCUGUCAGGAAGUUCACUCAUCUCUGGGUCCCGGUGACCCCCUCCCCUGACACCCUCCAUCCUGGGUCCUGGGGUCCCAAAGCUCUGAGGCCUAGGAGACAGCACUGUCUCGUGGUUUGCCUACACUCACACCUUUGUAAAGAGUCUCUUCAUUAAAACCCCUCCUCAUAGCCUA